CCUGUGCCCAUGCCCCUUGCCGACAUGGGAGAAGUCAUGGGAGUGGCCUCCAGGGCUUUAUAAGGCGCCCAGGCCUUGGGCACAGCAGAGCCACUGCCCCCGGGACCACGUGAGCCACUACCACUCUGCAGACGCGAUGCCCAGGCUGUAUGUGUGCAUGCUGGCCAUGAUGCUGGCCAUGGCUGGCAUCUCCAAGGCCUCCCGGAGGCUACGCUCCCAGCCGAAGGACACAUCCAUGGACCCGGCAGACAGCAGGGGCCAGCCAGGCCUGAUGUCUGCCCACCGGAGACAGCUGGGGCCCCAGGUCCCUGCACACCUCAGGACAGACCUGUCCAAGAAGCAGGGGCCAUGGGCGGAGGAGGAGGCUGCCUACGGGUGGAUGGAUUUUGGCCGCCGCAGUGCGGAGGACUCAGACCAGCAUCUGUAGCCUGAUCUCCGGGCCAGCCCUGCUCUGUUCCAAGAAAAACCAACCCGAAUAAACUCACUCCUG